CCCCUGGGACCAUAACCGGCCGCCGCCGCCACCGCGGACCGAGCGCGGAGUUCAGGAGUCUCGGACCCGAAGCCGCCACAGGGCGCCCCGCCUCCCGCCCGCCAUGCCCGCGCCCCGCGCCCCGCGCGCUCUGGCGGCCGCCGCGCCCGCGUCCGGGAAGGCCAAGCUGACGCACCCGGGGAAGGCGAUCCUGGCAGGUGGGCCCCUCCGGGACGCGGACCCCUCUCCCGCCGCGCUUCUGGGUGGGCCCGGGACGCUGAGGCCCCGCCCCACUUCCGGGUUGGGCCGUGGGUUGGGGAGUCGUGGAGGCGCGGUCCUGGUCCCCACCUGGCGCGCUGGGACUCGCCCGCCUCCCGUCUGUCACCCCCUGCGCCUCGCCGGGACAACGAGGCGGCCUGGCGGGUGGCAUCGAGAUCUGCAUCACUUUCCCCACCGAGUACGUGAAGACGCAGCUGCAGCUGGACGAGCGCUCGCACCCGCCGCGGUACCGGGGCAUCGGGGACUGCGUGCGGCAGACGGUUCGCAGCCAUGGCGUCCUGGGCCUGUACCGCGGCCUUAGCUCCCUGCUCUACGGCUCCAUCCCCAAGGCGGCCGUCAGGUUUGGAAUGUUCGAGUUCCUCAGCAACCACAUGCGGGAUGCCCAGGGACGGCUGGACAGCACGCGUGGGCUGCUGUGCGGCCUGGGCGCUGGCGUGGCCGAGGCCGUGGUGGUCGUGUGCCCCAUGGAGACCAUCAAGGUGAAGUUCAUCCACGACCAGACCUCCCCAAACCCCAAGUACAGAGGAUUCUUCCACGGGGUUAGGGAGAUUGUGCGGGAACAAGGGCUGAAGGGGACGUACCAGGGCCUCACAGCCACUGUCCUGAAGCAGGGCUCGAACCAGGCCAUCCGCUUCUUCGUCAUGACCUCCCUGCGCAACUGGUACCGAGGGGACAACCCCAACAAGCCCAUGAACCCUCUGAUCACUGGGGUCUUCGGAGCUAUUGCAGGCGCAGCCAGUGUCUUUGGAAACACUCCUCUGGAUGUGAUUAAGACCCGGAUGCAGGGCCUGGAGGCGCACAAAUACCGGAACACGUGGGACUGCGGCUUGCAGAUCCUGAGGAAGGAGGGGCUCAAGGCAUUCUACAAGGGCACUGUCCCCCGCCUGGGCCGGGUCUGCCUGGAUGUGGCCAUAGUGUUUGUCAUCUAUGAUGAAGUGGUGAAGCUGCUCAACAAAGUGUGGAAGACGGACUAAGCCUAGAGAGGCCGCAAGGGGACCGCCCCAGGCACCUCCAGAGUGUCCUGCUACCUUUGUCUCACAUGAUUCCAGUGCAGUAGUGCCAAAAGGCCCCUUCCCACGUCCCUCGAGCUCUGUAGCCUGGUCUGUGCAUUGUGGCUGUCAAAUCCAUGUGUCCCCCCUGUGGUCUGUGUGUGACACCACCACUGUGUCCCAGUGUCUGGCCCAGCCAUGGCUGGAUGUGCAUCUGGCCUAUGACCCUGUGCCCACUUGUCCAUGUGCUUACUGUGAACCCUGUGCCUGUGUUUCAUGUUCUGUGUCACGUGACCCUGUGCCCCGCCUCCCGGGGUGCCCGUGUGGCCUGGGUCCUCGGCCCUGUAGCCCUGGCCUGGUCCCAGUCCGGUGCCUUCCACCCUGCCCUGGCCUACCACAGCUGCCUCCGGGCCUCGGCCUGGCUUCACCGCAUUCCAGGGGCUGCAGCCCCCUGCUUCUCCCGCCAUUGGCCUUAACUGGCCCUCGGGCCCUCCCUUCGCCCCGGACAGGGUGGCACCCACCACUCUCAGGACCACCCUGCCAAGGCAGAAUAAACCGGAUCCUGUUGCA